AUGAAAUAUUUUUCAUUCUUUUCAUCGCUAUUUUUCUCGUUGUCAAUUUCCUUGGUUGAUUCAUUCAAAUGUCCGAAUCGAAGUGAUCAAGUACCCAAUGAGGAUGUUUGCAUGGUGGCCGUUAGUCAAGCUGGAGUUUAUGCAAAUGCUGCUCAAGGCUGUUCCUCAUUUAGUGGUAUGCCGGUGAAAAUUCAGAAUCUCUUUGAGAAUUCUUUCAUUUACUCCUAUUUAUUGCCAGGAGAGCUAAAUGGUGUGGCUCCGUACAUUGGAAUUCAGCGAAAAAACAAAAUUGAAUGGGUGUAUGCUGAUGGAUCGACGCUCAUCUAUCAGAAUUGGGCUCCCAACGAGCCUAACAAUGAAAGUAAUACGAGUGCUUGUGCAAUAAUGGACUCACAAACAGCGAAAUGGAUCUCCACCGAUUGUACUUCUGCUCGACCAUUUGUGUGUUCAAUUGAUGAAAACAGU